ACACGCCGCCCACCCGGCCACGAGGUCCCUCCCGCCGCCGCCUGCCUCUUCCCGCCCCGCCGCCGCCAUGACCAGCAAGGUGACACGCGAUACACUCUACGAGUGUGUGAAUGCAGUCCUGCAGGGCUCCAAGACUAAAAAACGCCGCUUCCGGGAGAGUGUUGAACUUCAGAUUGGUCUCAAGAACUAUGACCCCCAGAAGGAUAAGCGUUUCAGUGGCACUGUUAAGUUGAAGCACAUCCCCAAGCCCAAAAUGAAGGUAUGCAUUCUUGGUGACCAAAUGCACAUUGACGAGGCCAAGGAAAACAAUCUUCCUUGCAUGUCUGCCGAUGACCUGAAGAAGUUGAACAAGGAUAAGAAGCUUGUGAAGAAAUUGGCAAAGAAGUAUGAUGCCUUUAUCGCCUCCGAUGCUCUGAUCAAGCAGAUUCCUCGUCUGGUUGGGCCUGGCCUGAACAAGGCUGGAAAGUUCCCAACCAUGUGCACUCACUCUGAGAAGUUGAGUGACAAAGUGGAUGAGAUCAAGGCUACCAUCAAGUUUCAGAUGAAGAAGGUGUUGUGUUUGUCUGUUGCCAUUGGGCAUGUGACAAUGAACCCUGAUGAGUUGGUGCAGAACAUUUACCUUGCAAUGAACUUCUUGGUGUCUCUUCUUAAGAAGCACUGGCAGAAUGUACGUUCUCUCCAUCUCAAGUCCACCAUGGGAAAACCACAGCAAUUGUACUAAAUAAAUGUUUGUGGUCAA